GAGAUCUACAUCGCUGUGGCUCUCAUCAUGGGUGGCCUGUCAGUUCUGUUCUCCAUCAUCGCAAUAAACCUCCACUUUCGGCCUGAGGAGGAGACGGUUCCUAAGAUUAUACGUAAGGUCACACGCCUGGGUAUGUUCAUCUCCUGCUUCAACACCUGCUGCAAGAGGAAGGUGAAACCCGAGGAGAAUGGCUUGUCUAGGACUGAGCAUGACAGUAGACGCAAAUACAACAGUCAGGCUGUGGACUCUG